AUGAGCUUCAAAUUCUCUUCUGCACAUUCAAGUCGAAUAAAGAAACCCACCAAGCCACCAGCCUUCAAACGAAACUCGUCAUCGGCCUCUCCCUACUCCUCUCUACCCCGCCGAAAGCCCCUCCAAAGAACAUCAACAAAACCCGAGAAAGCUGACGAUGAAGAUGAGGAUGUCUUCGGCGACCGACUGGAUGAUUUCGGCCUUGUCAAGGCCCUUGCGACCGACUUGACUCUACGAGAUGUGGCCCAAGCAAUAUCGCAUAUACGGGAUAAGAUGUGGAGCAGGAUACCUGAGCAGCGGGCUGGCAUGAACUCUACGCGCAUAGCAGAGGUCUUGAACUUUCGUGCUUCACUACCACCUAUCGUUACGGUCUCACAUGUUCAAGCUUUGCUGAACUCGCCAACUACGGUCGAGAGGGAGAUCGCAGAGCUUAUAAGAGGAGGUGCUAUUCGGAAGGUUGUGGUGGGAGGGAGGGGCAGUCUUGGAGAGGCAUUAAUACUGGUUAGAGACCUGGACAACAUAGUAGAGAGGAGUGCUUUGGAGCAGGAAGUCAAGGAAAAGUUCAUAGCUCUUUUGCACGAAUAUCCUACGGCGUUGAAGCUGCCAAGAUCUCAGCUUUCCGAAGACGAUGCCAAAAUGCUGAUGCAUGCAGGCUUCCUUACAUCUUCGACGUCGGCGUGGACAGCCACAGAUGUCUUCUCAAGGCCCGGAGAUGGCUCGCGGGGUACAGCUACGUCCUUGAACAGUAUCUCGAAGGCGGCAUCUGGUUCCUUGGCUGCUGUCGGGGGAGAAGGAGCUGUCCAUGCUGCUGGAGGGAGUGGAGGAGGGACAAGACUCCCAUCAACAGGAGAUUACUCUCUCGCCCUUCCAACAACGGGACCAUUCCUCAAACUGUUGGCAAAUGCUCGUGCGCAUCUGCUCUCCUUGCUGGGGAAGUCUAAAUACCAAGAAGCACCUGAGUCCUUGCUUCGACAACGCUGGGACGGCGGGAUCGAAACAGAUGACGCAGCAAGUACGGCGAGGCGGAUUCGAGGCGAAUUCGCAGGUGUGCUUCCAGGCCGCACGAGAAAAUGGAAUCAGUUUUAUGGAAUCACCUUUGAAUGGAUCCUAGAAGAGUGUGCCGGCGCAGGUCUUCUUGAACUUUUUGAUACCGGCAGUAUUGGUAGAGGCGUUCGUGCAUUGUAA